GCCAUUUCACCUUUGAAGAUAGGGUAUUUACCCGAAUAUGAAGUGCUGAGGGCUGCAAGAAGGCUGGCCACUGGCAGAGUGGGUGGCGGAAGGCUGCGUCAUGGAUAGAUACGAUCACGUGCGGUUAAUGCGGUAUGGCGCGCCACGAAGACGCCGCCGCUGAGACCGUUUCUUGUCUGGUCUUGUUCCCCUCUACCGACAUCUCUGUUCACGCUCGCUCCCUGCGCAAUCUUUACGCUACUCACUCUGGUGUACUCGACUUCGUUAGCUUUGACAUGCAUAGGACGAAGCCCGUUCCGCCUACAACUCAGGCAACCCCUCCGGGAGUACCGAUUCAAGUCGUAGUGAAUACCUUCAAGGUUCGUUUGAAUAUCGACCCCAAGACAGGUGCUCAAACGAAAUAUUACCAUUACGACGUAGUUAUCAAGAAGAAGUCUGGGCCAGAUGAUGGACGAGGCCAAACGACCCUGAACAGUCGCCGUGCCCGCGAGAUUAUGCAUCAGGCUCAGACCGUUGCGUAUCCUCACAUCUUCCAAGGUCGUCACCCUGUAUUCGACGGCCGCUCGAACAUGUACGCCAAUUUCGACGUGCUUUCGGGCUCUCCUGGAGCACAGCUCUCUGUAAACAUGAGUCGCCAGCCUCGGGCUGAUCAGCCAGACAGAGGAGUGUAUAUAAUCACUAUUACCCCAGUGAAUACGAUUGAUCUGAAUACGUUGGGAGCCAUCGUUUAUGGGAAGCAGGGCGGGCCCUCUCAAACCGCCGUCCAACUCGUCCAGGCUCUUGUGAGGCAAUCUCCUCUGACUGCGUCUAAUACCUACAAUGCCCGGUCGGUUUUCGAUGGUACGCAGACUAGGCAACUCGGACAAAACAGUGGUUUAGAGCUGUGCAGGGGAUUCUUCCAAUCUGUUCGUUUGGCUGACAAACGAAUGAUUAUCAACAUCGACGUUUCCACAACAGCCCUAUAUGCAGCCCAGGCACUGCCCAAUUUCGCUCUCAAUUUUACGCAUACGAGGAGUGUAUCAGAGCUUCUACAGCUCACUCCCAGAGACCAGAAGUUCAAGAUACUUCGCUCUGUUCUUAAGGGUGUGCGGGUAAAUGUCACCGUACCAGUUCUCCGUCAGCCCAAGCCAGCCCGGCCCAUAAAGGAUAUUAUCCUUCGUGCGGGCCAUCAUGAAUUUACUGCUGACUCACAGCAUUGGAACGUGAAAGACUAUUACGACAGGACUCAUCGUUAUCGCUUGAAAUAUCCUGAUCUCUUCGGUGUAGUACUUCAAGGCGGCGCCGUCAUACCCGCAGAAAUUUGCGACAUCGUCCCCGGACAGCUUUUCAAGAGGAAAAUACCCGCUGAGCUUAUGACCGAUGUUCAUCGCUUUGCAAGCAAGCAACCCACGCAGCGCUUGGGAGACAUCAUCGCUGGUGUACAAGGCCCAUUCCUCAACUACGGGGGCAGCCAGUCUCUGCAACAAGCCGGAAUCUCGAUCGAUACCGCUCCAAUGGAACUAAUGGGUCGACUGCUUCCGCCGCCUCAAGUUGUGUUCAAGGAAUCUGGGAUCGUGAAGGACGAGAGCCAACGCCCACAUACCGUAUUCGAUACCACGAGGUCCGGACAUGGCAUUUGGAACGUUUUGAACCAACGACUCUUCAAGCCGGCGAGCUUGACGAAAUGGGCUAUCGUCAACUUUUCACCGCGUGAGGCUACUGAUGCGGGAGUCAUCGAGUUCGCGCGUAAGCUUGCGGACGCUUGUGCAAACCUUGGUGUGUCGGUCGGGCCCCCGCUUCCUGGAGUAAUUCAAGGUUCUGGACAAGAUCCUUCUAGCGCCCUCAAGCAACUUCAGAGCCAGCUCACUUCGGGCCCCCACGGACUCAUAGUACUCUUUAUCCUCCCCGACAGAGCAGAAGAUAUCCGCCGUGAGGUGAAGCGCUGGGGAGAUGUCACGGUCGGGGUUCCAACACAAUGCCUUAAAGUCAAGAACAUUAGAGGUGCCCAGAGUCAGUACCUCAAUAAUGUUGCCAUUAAGAUGAACGCGAAGUUGGGCGGAAUCAACUGGAUUUCCUCCUCACCAUUAUUUUCUCUUCUUCUCAAAGAGCCAACCAUGAUACUGGGCGCCGAUGUUAGUCACUCGUCUCCGGGUCUUGUCCGUCCAUCCAUUGCGGCGGUAGUAGGGACUUUCGACAUGGAACUUUGCCGCUAUGCGGAUGCUACUUCUCUCCAGAACCCUCGACAAGAGACGAUCUCUGACCUUCGUGCAAUGGUGGGCGGAAUCCUAGUGAGUUUCGCUGAGAGAAAUCGCACGUUACCAUGUAACAUCUUCUUCUAUCGUGACGGCGUGUCCGAGGGAGAGUACGAUAAGAUCAAAGCAGAGGAAGGGAUUGCCAUUGACGCCGCGUACGCGGAUUGUCUGGCGAAUGUGUCGCUCAAAUUCGACGUGAAACCUCUCCCAAAGCCGCGUGUCAUCUUCUUGGUGGUUGGAAAGCGGCAUCAUAUCCGGUUUUUCCCCAGCCAGCGCACUCCCGCUAGCUACAUUGACCGGAGCGGAAACGUCACGGCCGGGUUAUGUAUCGACGACACCAUCACUUCGACGAGGAAGGACAUGCCAGACUUCUAUCUUCAGUCUCAACCGGGGCUCAAAGGAACGAGUCGCUCGUCUCACUACAUUCUUCUAAGAAAUGACCUGAAAGCAACCAAGGACCAGUUGCAAGAGCUCUCUCAUAUGUUAUGCUACAACUAUGCUCGUGCCACCAGAGCUGUCUCAAUUCCUUCGCCCGUGUAUUAUGCUCAUCUUCUCUGCUCCCGAGCGACAUUCUAUUUCGCCAACGACCUCAACUUCUCCGACGCCGGGGGCAGCUCCGAUGACGCACCAUUCGAUCUGAAUCGGUGGAAGGCAGGCUUUGGUCGGAUCAACGAGGCGAUGAAAAUGAAGAUGUUUUAUGUUUGAUCAGUGUCUCUCUUGUCGAGCCUGUGGAGUUUGAUACGGGUCAUAAAUUG